CGCGCCCUCGACGUCACUUGACCAGACGGAAAAGGCCGAACCUUCCCGAAUCGGGCUUGAGCGUUCGAACCGUGACGCGCUCGGCGUGUAAGCAAACAAGGGUUUGCGCAGUGAGGUCACAGUGAUGUCAUCGCCCCGGCUGAGCUACGGGGACCCCCGGGGGUUCGGCCGGGCGUUCUCUCGGCUGCACUGCCAGCAGCGCAGCGGCCUGUUCUGUGAUGUCAUCCUGCAGGCUGAGGGUCUGUGUAUCCCGGCUCACAGCUGUGUCCUGUCUGCCUGCAGCCCCGUGCUCUCUCACUCCCUGCUGUGCGUGGCUCCGGGGGGAGAGGGCGAGGGCGGGGGGUCUGCGCGGAGGCUGCUGGAGGUGCGAGGCGUCGGGUUCGAGGCUCUCCGCUCCCUCGUGCUCUUCAUGUACACGUGCGAGGCGCGCUUCGAAGGGGAGGAGUCAGCGGAGCGGGCGCUGAGCGCGGCGAGAGAGCUCGGGAUCGAGGGGCUGCGGAACGUCAGCAUCCAGGACGGGAAGCUGGUCCUGCAGGAGGAGGAGGAGGAGGAGGAGGAGGAGAGGAGGAGGAGCGCAGAGAGAGAUAAGGAACGAAAUGUGUGCGAUUACAACAGUCACACCGAGAGAGACUCUGGGAAUAGCAAUCUUAUUCACAGCAUUGUGAACAGCAGCAGUGUUAAUAGCAUUGUGAACAGCAGCAAUGAUAAUGGUAUUGAUGAUGAUGAUAAUAAUAAUAAUAAUAAUAAUAAUAAUAAUAAUAAUAAUAAUGUGAACAAUAUGAGCAUUAUUAAUGACUCCACAGCCCCUCGCUCCCCACACCCCCACCUCUUGCUCGUGCGCCCCAGCAUCCCUCCAAACGUGGGGUGCAGCCCGGGCCCCCCUCUGUGUUUCAGGGGUUCCAGGAGCCCCUGUGUCUGCGUCCCGCUGGUUUUGGGGGUGGGAGACGGGGGUCGGAGGUAUUCAGGGAAGCAGAAGGACACGCUCCGGAUCGUCUCCGGAAACGACUGGCAGAAUUCCGCGGGCUCGGAGACGGAUCGGGGGAGCGAAGGCGGCCUAGGGGGGCGAGGGGCCGACUCCCCGGUGGUGGAGCUGGGGUACGGGGGCCCCGACGGGAGCACCCCGGGAUUCAUCGAGUUCUAUCUGGAGCCCAGGAGCCCCCGAGAGGAAGUGACAGAACGAGAGAAAGAGAGGGGAGGAUCUACCAACGCUGUCCCUCCCUCCUGUGAGCUGAGUGGAGGAGGAGAGGGGUGGAAUGGGGCGGAGAGAAGGGGGAGGAGGAAGGAAUGGGGUGAUGGUGGAGGAGGAGAGGGGUGGCACUCCCACACCAGGAUCCGACUGAAGAAAGCCCCGCGUGGGAAUGGCUGGAAGAUCGUCAGCGCUGAGGGGGUUAAACACCAAGACCCGCCCCCCGGGGAGGCAGCCAAUCACAGAAAGGGGGCGAAGCGACUCGGAGGAACCCCGACAGUCAGUCCAGAAAUCAGACUGAUUCCGAAGAGAGGGAGAGGGCGCCCCAGAAAAAUCGCGAGUGUCGCCCCGAAACGGGGGAAUAGAACGGGGCGCCUGCCAGGGCUUGAAACCAAACGACGGCUUACCCCGAAAAAAACACCCCCCAUUACAGGCACGCGUUCGGGGGACUCCCUGUUGAAGAGGGGUCCGGGGCGCCCCAGGAAAUACCCUGUAGGGGUCACCUGCACAAACAAGAGGACCCCAGUGCCGCAGGGAAACAAGGGAACGAGACAGAGAGAGGAGGAGGAGGAGGAGGAGGAGGAGAUCGGGAGGCUGCUGGAGGACGUCAUGAUACAGCUCAACUUCCUGGAGCCCCUGCUGAGCCCCAUCGCCGUGGAGACGGACUCCAGGGGGGGCUGUGGCUCUCAGCCGACAGGAGACCGGCCCGCAGAGGAUUCUGGGAAGGCGAGCGGCGGUCACGUCAAGGGGAAAGGGAUGCUGGGAGCUGGCGAUGUCGUCGAAGGUCACGGGGGCACGCCUGUCUCCACGGCAACCACGGUAGAGGGGGACCCCAUGGAGGUAAACCCCCAAAACAUCCUGGUACCGUUCUAUCAGUGCGCCCCGCUCCCCCUCUACCAGCCCCCUGCACUCGGAACCGGAGCCCCGGAACCCUCCCGCAGUCUAGAACCCGCAACCCCAGGGUGUUCUAGGAGCGACACGGACCGAGGAGAGAGGGUUCGAACCCUGGACAGUUUGGGGGCCGGUCCGGAGGUCCCGGGCGGCUGUUUCUAUCCCAGGGGGCACCGGGAGACCUCGGACGGUUCCGAAGUUUCCGAGGAGGAACUCAGGAACGUUCUAGAAGACUUCCUGAGUUCCGUGGCACGUUCCUACCAGGAGGAGACCGUGGCGGGAGCAGGGAGGGGGGGAGGAGCGGGGGAGACGGGGGGAGAGGUUUGCCCCGUGGGGCUGGCUGUCGAAUCCCACCUGGAGGGGUACAGGGUGCUGGUUGUACCCCAGAGGAUUAUAAACCUCGCCCUGGGGAAGGUGGGGGAAGGGGAGGGCCAGGCUGCUGCCGGAGACACGGGUUCGAGCCUCGAAGAACGCGGCACAGGCACCUUGACCCCCUGCCAGGGACUGCUGGAGAAUUCCCCAGCUCGGAACCCGAGUGAAAGCCGGGGACAAGGUUCUAGAACCCCUAGCGCCGUUCUAGAAGGUUCUAGUCCUGCCCAGGCUGGAGAGAGGGGUUUUGGGAUCCAGAACGCAGCGAACCCCGAGGGUGAAGUCUCAAUUAAAACUCAGAGCCGGGUCCAGUCUGACUUGCACAGCACCCGAGCAGAGUGGAGCAGAACUCGAGCCCAAAACCCAUUGAGUUCAGAAACCAACCGGCCCGGAUAUCCCAGCCAAGGCCCAGAACACGCCCCGGAACGUUCUGCCCAAGCCCUGGAGCUGGAAAAUCAAAAACCGGACCAGAACCUGCUGGGAAGAGCAGAGCUUCAAUCCUCCAGCGUGGAGCAGCGCAGGGGCUCCAGAGCCGACCCAGAGCUUCGGAACCAGACUCCGGACCCGGGAACCGCGCUGAAGAGCCGCUGGGACCCGGAUCAGAACCAGCAACAGGUCCAGGGCUCCCAGAACCAGCUGCCUAACGACAGCGGAGAUUCAGACUCUGAAAACAGAACGCCCAAGAGAGGAAGAGGGGGAGGAGGAGGAGAGGGGAGCCCCGAAACCAAACGCAGCCGUCUUUCUGUUUCGGGUGACCCCCGGUCCUGGGGAGACGUUUCCGCGGCAACGCGACUGCUGCUCGUCUCCGCUUCCUGUCCCGGCAGGGUCGUGCGGGGGUCGACAGGAAGCUGGGAGGAGGAGGAGGAGGAGGAGGAGGAGGAGGAGGAGGGAUGUGACGUGGACGUGGUGGGUGGGGGGAGCCCUGGGCUGGCUGCAGGGACGCUGGGGGGCUCGCUGGCCUGGCGCUGUGGGUCCGAGGGAGAGAGGAGCGAGGCAGGGAGCGAGGAUGAGGAGGUGGAUGUGAUGGGAUAG